GUUUGGGAAGGCAGUACAGGGAAGCGAAAGUGAAAACCCAGGCUCUUGGGCUGGGGCGUGAGGCAGAAAGAGAAGGGAUAAAAGGGACUGGGGAACCAGAGCAGGCGCUGGAGACACACCUGGACGCUGCUCAGUACCCUGAUCGUGCGUCGAGCUCCACUCCGACUGCAGCCCCUGAGUCCGUGCUGCGUGCAGGCCCCAACAUGCAGCUUCCUGCCCUGAGGCCCUGGGCUCCCCUCCUUCUGACUGACCUGAUCCUGCUUUGGUUGUUGCAGGGGCUGCUGGGAACUCUCUUCCCUCCAGGGCUCCUUGUCCUCUGGCUGGAGGGGGCUUUUCGGGUGGGGGUCCUGUGGGGGGUGCUAAGUUUAUUGGGGGAGCUUGGAAAGGUGGGGCAACUACUGCCUACCUUGUGCCUGAGCACCCCCCUGUUCCUGUCCCUGAGGGCUCUGGUUCCAGGGGUUUUGAGUACUCCCCCUGUGCUCCUAGCCUCAGCCCCAUGGACCUGGCUCCUGCUGGCUUAUGGAGCAGUGGGACUGGGCUGGGCUGUGUGGAAGGUGCUGAGUCCCUCAGAAGCCCCUCCCUCAGCACAGGAGAAGGAGCAAGUCCAGGAGAACAAAGCCAUGAUGUGGAGGCUGCUGAAGCUGUCCUGGCCUGACUUCCCCAUCCUUGUUGCUGCUUUCUUCUUCUUGGCUGCUGCAGUCAUAGGUGAGAUGUUCAUCCCCCACUACACUGGUCGUGUGAUUGACAUCCUGGGCCAGGACUUUGACCCUGAUGCCUUUGCCACCGCCAUCUUCUUCAUGUGCCUCUUCUCCUUUGGAAGCUCAUUAUCUGCUGGCUGCCGAGGAGGCCUAUUUACCUUCGUCAUGUCCCGAAACAACCUGCGUAUUCGACGUAUGCUCUUUUCCUCUCUGCUCCGCCAGGACCUCAGCUUCUUCCAGGAGACCAAGACAGGGGAGUUAAACUCACGCCUAUCUUCAGAUACCAACUUGAUGAGCCGCUGGCUCCCUUUAAAUGCCAAUGUGUUCCUUCGGAGCUUGGUAAAGGUGAUAGGGCUGUAUGGCUUCAUGUUCAGUCUCUCACCUCGACUCACACUCCUCUCCAUGCUUGAAGUGCCCCUCUCAAUGGCUACUGAGAGGGUCUACAAUGUCCGAUACCAGGCAUUGCUACAGCAGAUCCAGGAUGCUGUGGCAGAGGCUGGUCAGAUAGUGCGGGAGGCGGUGGGAAGCCUGAAAACUGUGAGGAGUUUUGGAGCAGAGGAGGAUGAGGCCCAACGCUAUGAGAAAGCCUUGGAGCACAAGCGUCAGCUAGAGUGGCACCGAGACUGGGAGCAGGCAGUGUAUCUGCUCUUCAGGAGGGGACUUCAGCUGGGGAUGCAAGUGUUAAUGCUGAAUUGUGGGCUAAGGCAGAUCUUGGCUGGGGUGCUCACAAGGGGAGGCCUUGUCUCCUUUCUGCUCUAUCAGGGGAACGUGGGGAAUUACAUGCAGACUCUUGUGCACAUCUGUGGGGACAUGGUGAGCAAUGUGGGUGCUGCAGAGAAAGUUUUCCGAUACCUGGAACGUAAGCCACAGAUGCCUCCUCCUGGGACACUGGCCCCUUCUUCCCUGCAGGGCCUCGUGGAAUUCCAAGAUGUCUCCUUUGCUUAUCCCACCCAGCCAGCCAAGCCUGUACUCAAGGGAGUGACAUUCACUCUGUACCCUGGGAAGGUGACAGCCCUAGUAGGGCCCAAUGGGGCUGGGAAGAGCUCAGUGGCUGCAUUGCUGCAGAAUCUGUAUCAGCCCACAGGGGGCCGGCUGCUGCUGGAUGGGGAGCCCUUGGCUCAGUACCAGCACCAAUACCUGCACUCACAGGUGUCUGUGGUUGGGCAGGAGCCUGUGCUGUUCUCAGGGUCUGUGAGGGACAACAUUGCCUAUGGGCUGGAGAACUGUGGGGAUGAUGAGGUGAGGGCUGCUGCCCAGGCAGCCCAUGCUGAUGGAUUCAUUGCCAGUAUGGAGCAUGGACUGGACACAGCUGUGGGGGAAAAGGGAAGCCAGUUGUCUGCAGGACAGAAGCAAUGUGUGGCCAUCGCUCGGGCCCUGGUGAGGAAUCCUCGUGUCCUCAUUCUGGAUGAGGCCACCAGCGCCCUGGACAUGGAGUGUGAACAGGAGCUUCAGGAGAAGAUGCUGCAGGGGGGUCGGACAGUACUGGUGAUUGCACACCGCCCGCAGACAGUGCAGGCUGCUGACCAUAUUCUGGUGCUAGAGCAAGGGAAGGUGGUGGAGCAGGGGACCCACACUGAGCUCAUGGCCCAGAGAGGCCUCUAUCAUCGCCUGGUGCAGCGACAGCUUGAAGACUGAGUCCCUGGAGGAAGGAGAGCUUUUUAUGUACGGUUGCGAUUGGGUUUGGGUCAGAGUCUCUAGGAUGCAGGGCAAUCCUUGCUCUGAGUGCCUCUAGCCCGAAUGCCUGUGCAAUAGUCACUAUAGCUGGGGAGAUGAUGGGGCCUUGGACAAGAGGUACCCCCAGGGAUAUCCCUUUCAAGAGACUAUGUUGUUUCCCGGCUUCUGUUCAGAGCUCUGCAUACCUGGGUGUGGGCCUGCCAGUCAAUAAAGCAUUUUUCUAAGGAUGAA